GGGGCCGUCGGCGGGUGGGGCCAGGCCUCAGCCGCCUCCCCCUCCGCCUCCGCCUCCGCCUCCGCCACCGCCUUGCACUCCAGACCCAGCCACUGAACCCCUCCCGGCGCCAGCAUGGAGACCCCGGCGGUCGCCGUCGCCCAUGCCAAGCCCCCAGCUGCUGCCCCAGACAGCCCGGGCGCCGCCGCCCUCGAGCAGUCCCCGGAGCGGCCCCGCGGCCCCGGCUGGCUGGGCGGCCUGCGGAGUCUGCGGGCCGCGCUGCCCCCAAACUUUCGGCGGGAGGCGGUGGAGCUGGCGGCUCUUGCGGGCCCCGUGUUCCUUGCACAGCUGAUGAUCUUUCUUAUCAGCCUCGUCAGUUCCAUAUUCUGUGGCCACCUGGGCAAAGUCGAGCUGGACGCCGUUACUCUCGCUGUCACGGUGGUGAAUGUUACUGGGAUUGCAGUCGGUACCGGCUUGGCCUCGGCUUGUGACACGCUCAUGUCUCAGUCCUUUGGAGCCAAGAACCUAAAGCGCGUGGGAAUCAUACUUCAGAGAGGAAUCCUGAUCUUGGCACUGUGCUGCUUCCCGUGCUGGGCAGUGUUCGUCAACACCGAGCGCAUCCUCCUGCUCCUGAGACAGGACCCAGAAGUCUCCAGGAUAGCCCAAGUUUACGUGAUGAUUUUUAUUCCUGCCCUCCCUGCAGCAUUCUUGUUCCAGCUGCAGACAAGAUAUUUACAAAGCCAGGGCAUCAUCAUGCCUCAGGUUCUCACUGGUAUUGCUGCAAACAUCAUCAAUGUGGGCAUGAAUGCCCUGUUGCUGUAUGCUCUGGACCUUGGAGUGGUAGGAUCUGCCUGGGCCAACACCACUUCUCAGUUUCUCCUAUCUGCUCUGCUGUUUCUCUACAUGUGGUGGAAAAAAAUGCACGUCAAGACAUGGGGAGGUUGGACUAGGGAGUGCUUUCAGGAGUGGGACUCCUAUAUCCAUCUGGCUGUUCCCAGCAUGUUCAUGGUGUGCAUUGAGUGGUGGACCUUUGAGAUCGGGACCUUCCUUGCAGGGCUCAUUGAUGUGACGGAGCUGGGAACCCAGGGCAUCAUCUAUGAGCUGGCAUCCGUGGCGUAUCUGGUGCCCCUGGGCUUUGGGGUUGCGGCCAGCGUCCGAGUGGGCAAUGCUCUGGGGGCAGGGGACAUCGAACAGGCUCGGUGUUCCUGCACCACCGUCAUCCUGUGUGCUGGAGUCUGUGCACUUGUGCUGGGAUUGCUACUCGCAGCUUUGAAGGAUGUGCUCGCCUAUGUGUUCACCAGUGACAAAGAUAUUAUUUACCUUGUGAGCCAAGUGAUGCCUAUUUUUGUUCCUUUUCAUCUAUUUGAUGCACUUGCAGGCACCUGUGGAGGAGUCCUCAGAGGCACAGGAAAGCAAAAGAUCGGUGCUGUCAUGAAUGCCGUUGGUUACUAUGUGUUUGGUUUUCCCAUUGGAAUAUCUCUGAUGUUUGCUGCUAAACUUGGGAUAAUCGGUCUCUGGUCGGGAUUGAUAGUUUGUGUCUUCUUUCAAGCCCUUUUCUACUUGGUGUACAUCUUGCGGAUAAACUGGAAUACAGUUGCAGAGCAGGCACAGGUUCGAGCUGGGCUAAAAGGGAUGAAGGAGCCCAUACCUACUCCAACAGAUCUGCCUAUCCUGGGCAGAGAAGGAACUGAAGGAGUGAUUUUACCUGACAUCAUCAGACCAGAGAGCCAGACCCUCCAGCUGAUGGUACUGGAAGAAAACUCCCAGAAUGCGGUGUCCACGGUCGGGGAUGUCUUGACCCUGAGACAGCUGAUUUUCUACCGGGGAACGGCUCUGGCUCUUGCUGUUGCAGUGCUUGUAGCAGGAAUUUUCAUAAGAGUCCUCAAAGACAGUAGCUAGGAUGGAACAGUUAUCACUACUCUACAAACUGGAAGUGAUAAUUAUAUGCGGCACAUUAAGGAUCAAAGGUGUAAACUUUUCUCUGUUUACAGUAUUGUGGUUUCAAAUAUGGAAAUUUGAUUUCCCUGCUAUUGAUGUUCUUUACUCUUUCUUAGAUUGAAUAUAGUUCUUUAUCCAGGAAAGUGGUUCAUUGUUCUACGCAAUAUUAUUGCUAACCUAGUUUUUUUAAUUCAUCUUUAAUGGACUUAACCUUGCCAGUGAGUGCACACUUAAUGCCUAUCCAAGUCCUGUCUCAGGUAUUACCACCUAAGCGCUUAUAAAAUAGGCACUUUAAAAUUUAAAAACUAUGCAAAUAACAUGUGGGCUAUAACGUCAAUCUAGCCCCCAAUAUUAUUAAUAUUAUUUUAUUUUUUGAGAUAAAGUCUCACUAUGUUGCCCUCAGUAGAGUGCUAUAGCAUCAUAGCUCACAGCAACUUCAAACUCUUGGGCUUAAGCCAUUCUCUUGCGUUAGCCUCCCAAAUAGCUGGGACUACAGGUAUCCAUCACAAUGCCCUGCUAUUUUUUUUCUUGUAGUUGUCAUUGUUGUUUGGAAGACUCGGGUGGAUUCAAACCCACCAGCUCCAGUGUAUGUGGCUGGCACCCUUAGCCAUUGAACUAUAGGUGCUGAGCCUAUUAAUAUUAUUUUACACCCAGCACAGUGGCUAACCCUUAUAACCCCAGUAUUUUUGGAGGACAAGGCAAGAGAAUCACUUGAGGGCAGGAGUUUGAGACCAGCCCAGGUAAUACAGCAAGAUCUCAUCUCUACAAAAAAAUUGAAAAUUUAGCUGAGUGUGGCUCAGUGCCGUAGCCUAGUGGUUAAGGCACCAGCCACAUACAUCACAGUUGUCAGGUUCGAGCCCAGCCUGGGCCAGCUAAACAACAGUGACAUCUGCAACAAAAAAUAGCCAGGUGUGCUAGGCGCCUAUAACUCAGCGGCUAGGGUGCCAACCACAUACACCAGACCUGGCAGGUUCGAAUCCAGCCCAGGCCUGCCAAACAACAAUGACAACUACAAUAAAAAAAAAAUAGCUGGGUGUUGUGGCGGGCACUUGUAGUCCCAGCUACUUGGGAAGCUGAGGCAAGAGAAUCACUUAAGCCCAAGAGUUUGAGGUUUGCUGUGAGCUGUGAAGCCAUAGCACUUUACUCAGGGUGACAGCUUGAGACUGUGUCUCAAAAAAAAAAAAAGCCGGGCAUUGUGGCAGGCACUGGUAGUCCCAGGUACUUGGGAGACUGAGGCAAGAGAAUCACUUGAGCCCAAGUGUUUGAGGUUGCUGUGAGCUGGGACACUGUGGCACUCUACUGCAGGCAAUAUAAUGAAACUCUGUCUCAAAAAAAAAAAAAAGUUUAGCUAAGUGUGUGGCUUGGUGCCCAUUGCUCAGUGGUGAGGGCGCCAGCCACAUGCACCAGGGUUGGUGGGUUUGAACCCAGCCAGGGCCUGCUACACAACAGUAACCAAAAAAAAAGAAAAAAAGCCAGGUGGGUGUUGUGGCAGGUUCCUAUAGUCCCAGCUUCUGGGAGCCUCCUGUAGUCCCAGCUCCUGGGAGGCUAAGAUAAGAGAAUUGCUUAAGCCCAAGGGUUUGAAGUUGCUGUGAGCUGUGACACCACAGCACUCUACUGAGGGCAACAUAGUGAGACUCUGUCUCAAAAAAAAAAAAUUAGCUGAGUGUAGUGUACAGAUCUGUAGUCCCAGAUACUUGAGAGGCUUAGGACAGAGGAUGGCUUGAGUCUAGGAGUUUGGGUUUACAGUGAACUGUGAUUGUACCACUGCAUACUACCCUGGACAACAGAGGAAGAUCCUGUCUCUGUUUGAGGGAAAAAAAAAGGCUGGGUGCACUGGCUCACACCUGUAAUCCUAGCACUCUGGGAGGCCAAAGUGGAUAGACUGCCUGAGCUCACAGGUUCCAGACCAGCCUCAGCAAGAGCAAGACCCUGUCUCUAAAAUAGGCAGGUGCUAUGUUGGGUGCCUAUAGUCCCAGCUACUUGGGAAGCUGAGAAAGGAGGAUCGUUUGAGCCUAGGAGUUUGAGAUUGCUGUGAGCUGUGAUGCCACGGCACUCUACCCAGGGCAACAGAGUUGGACUGUCUCAAAAAACAAAUUGAGAUAAGAUGAUAAAGAGGGCUAGGUGCAGGGGCUCACACCUUUAAUCUCAUCUCUUUGGGAUGCUGAGGCAAGAGGAUCACUUGAGGCCAGGAGUUUAAGAUUAGCCUGAGCAACAGAGCAAGACUGUCUCAAAGAAAUAAAAAAGAAAAGAAGAAAAAAGAUAAAUUUGUUGCCUUUUUUUUUCCAUGACAAAUUUCACUCUGUUACCCUGGGGUUGAGUGUAGUUGGCAUCAUCACAGCUCACAGCAACCUCAACUCUUAGGCUCAAGCUAUCCUGUUGUCUCAGCCUCCCAAGUAGCUGAGACUACAGGCGCCCACCACAAUGCCUGGCUAAUUUUUCUAUUUUUAGUAGAAUGGGGUCUUACACUUGUUUAGGCUGGUCUCAAACUCAUGAGCUAAAGCAAUCUACCCACCUCAGCAUCCCAGAGUACUAGAAUUAUAGGUGUGAGCCACAGUGCCCAGCCACUUUUUUGCCUUUUAACAAAUUUACAUGGCAACUUUCAUGUUAAUUAGAAAGUAAAUUUAUCAGGCAGUGUCCAUAGCUCAGUGAGUAGGGCGCUGGCCACAUACACCGGGGCUAGUGGGUUUGAGCCCAGCCCAGGCCUGCUAAACAACGAUGACAACUGCACCCCCCCAAAAAAGAAAAUAGCUGGGUGUUGUGGUGGGCACCUGUAGUCCUGGCUACUCAGGAGACUGAGGCACGAGAAUCGCUUAAGUCCGAGGUCUGAGGUUGCUGUGGGCUGUGACUCCAUGGCACUCUACCGAGAGCAACAUAGUAAGACUAUCUCAAAAAAAAAAAAAAAAAGAAAGUACAUUUAUGUUCUUUUCUGCUAUUUAAACUCCCAGAAUGUUGGCAGCUCUGGUGACUUCAUCUUCCCAGCAGAAGAUUUUUAUUUAUUUGUUUAAAUAUAUUUUUGAGACAGGGUCUUGGUGUGUUGUUCAGGCCUUGGCAUCAUCACAGCUCACUGCUACCUCACACACCUGGCUCAAGUGAUCCUUCUGCUUCAGCCUCCAGAGGAGCUGGGAGUGUAGGCAAGCACCACUAUGCCUAGCUGCUUUUUUAGUUUUUGUAGAGAUGGCGGCUCACUGUGUUGCCCAGGCUGGUCUUAAACUUUUAGGCUCAAGCCAUGCUCCUGCCAUAGCCUUCCAAAGAGUGGGAUUAUAGGCGUGAGCAACUGCCCAGCCCAAGUAGGAUAUUUUAGAACCAUUUGUAAAGAAUUGGAGCAGCCCAAAAAGAAAAUCCACUUAGAAAAAUCCAAAUGUUAGAUAUCCUUUCAUGCCAAACCUCCUAGAUUAUAGUUCAGAGUCAGUCUCACCAGGUGACCAGAAUUUCCUCUAGUUUAGUUAUCUCUCUCUCUCACACAUGUAAACAAGCAACACAGUCUUAACAGAUAUUUGUGAAAAUCUAAUUAUAUAAAAAACUAAUGGAAAUAAAACAGACUUCGUAGAAGAAAACUUAUAUCCUCAAAGAGGUAGUACAGGCUCGGCGCAUGUGGCUCAAGAGGCUAAGGCACCAGCCACAUACACCUGAGCUGGUGGAUUCAGAUCCAGCCCGGGCCCGCCAAACAACACUGACGGCUGCAACCAAAAAAUAGCCAGGCGUUGUGGCUGGCGCUUGUAGUCCCAGCUACUUAGAAGGUGGAGGCAGGAGAAUCGCUUGAGCCCAGGAGUUGGAGAUUAUUGUGAGCUAUGAUGCCACGGCACUCUACCCAGGGGGACAGCUUGAGAUUCUGUCUCAAAAAAAAAAAAGAGAGAAAUAGUACAGAAAGCAUAUCACGAUUGCUAUUAUUUUCAACAACUAAUAUAAUAAUAUAGUCUAUAACAUAUUGUGAUUCUAUAUUAAAGGAUAUAUUAUUAUAACUAUAUUAUAGAAUAUUAUUAUAAUACAGAAUUGGUGAUAAUAUAGAAUAAGAAGCUAUAGAACAAAAUACUCAGAUUUUAUUGCAGUAACAUUGACACAACAUAAAAUUAACCAUUUUUAAGUGUACAAUUCAUUGGUAUAUAGUACAUUCACAGUGCUGUGCAACCACCACCUCUAUCUAGUUCUAAACAUUUCUGUCACGUUAAAUGGGAGUUGUCACUCUGCUGUGGUGUCUGUGGACUUACCCGUUCCAUAAGUAAUCACACAAGAGGGGCCUUUUGAGUCUGGCCUCUUACCAUGACAUCCAUCCAUGUGUGACAUGUGUCAGGACCUGAUUUCUUUUUUUUUUUUUGUAGAGACAGAGUCUCAUUUUAUGGCCCUCGAUAGAGUGCCGUGGCCUCACACAGCUCACAGCAACCUCCAACUCCUGGGCUUAAGGGAUUCUCUUGCCUCAGCCUCCCGAGUAGCUGGGACUACAGGCGCCCGCCACAACUCCCAGCUAUUUUUUUGGUUGCAGUUUUGGCCGGGGCCGGGUUUGAACCCGCCACCCUCGGUAUAUGGGGCCAGCGCCCUACCAACUGAGCCACAGGCGCCGCCCAGGACCUGAUUUCUUUUUAUGAGUAAGGGGUGUUGUAUCAGUUGAUAUGCUACAUACCAGGUACAUGUUGAUACUUGUCAGUUGAUGGACAUUUAGGUUGUCUCUACUUUUUGUCUAUUGGGAAUAAUGGUGCAAUGAACAUUUGUGUAUAAGCUUUAGCGUAAACACCUGUUUUCACUUCUCUUGAGUAUGUAAGAGUAAAACUAU